AUGUUUCCACUCUAUUUUCAUUACGAAGAUGUAUCACGUCAGGAUCCGUUGCUCAAACCGAAUCACGCCAACGUUAUGGAAGUUCCUGGAUCGUGUGAAAUAAGAGUAGUGCCAAAGGCACCCUAUGAUUUCAUAAUAAAAAAUGGAAAAUUGGCUAUGGAGAUUCCGCGCGGUCAGAAAUUCAUACAGACACAAAGGGGUUCGACAGGAAAGUCGUUUCGAUCCAAUCCAUUCUUGGGGUCAUCAAAAGACAAAGGAUAUGUCAGUGACCUAGCACGACAAAGCACUCUCCGAGGGCAUGGAAUGUCUAAUUUUUCGGUCAGAAUCUCGACAGUAAUGUCUCUGUUAGAUUCUCCGGUCGAAAUACGGAAAAACUCCAUUCAAUUCUCGAUGGAAACGGAGUUUUGCGAAUUCUCCCCGGAACUGGAAGAUCAUUUCGAGAUCUUCGAACAUAUUCGAGGGUUCAAUGUGACUAUUGUCACUUCGGCCAACACACAAGAUGAGACUUUACCACCGUGGAGCGGCUUUUUGCAAAAAGAUGAGGGGGAAACUCAGUAA